AUGGAUUCUGCUACACUGGGUAGGCUGGCGAUUAGCUUGCCACAACCAAGGCUGCAGCGGGAGGCUGCAGCGUCCAAGCUGCAGCUGCUGUGGGUGGCCUCCGCGCUGCAGCGCCGCCGCAACUUUUCCUUCAAACAACUCAGCGAGUCUUCGCGCCUUUCCGAGGCCAAGGCCGAGGAGUUGGUGGUCCAGGCCAUUGGUCACGGGCUGGUCGACGCCAAGGUGGACCAGAUCAACAAGGUGGUCCACGAUUCUUCUGUUUCCUCGCGGCUGGCGCUGCUGGGCCUGGACUGGGAUGCUGUUGCUGCUGCUGAUUUGCUGCUGCUGCUGCAGCAGUACUUGAAAAGCUCAGCAGCAGACAGCAGCAGCAGCAGCAGCAGCAGCAGCAGCAGCAGCAGCAGCAAGGAGCCCCACGUCAAGAAGGUGGAGAUAUAUCUUUCGGACUUUGGAAAGGAAAGAAUAGAAGUGGAAAAGAUUAAGGGGCCAGCAGUGGGUUUAGGGUACCACUGCGAGAAUAGUGACUGCGAAGGCCUCCAGGUGGCGCUUCACGAGGGGCAGUUUGGAAGACAGCGCAGCCAAACGUGGCGCGGUACUACGCGGACGCGAACGUAA